AUGAGUACUUCCACUCGUUCUGCAUAUGGAUAUCAACCCUCAUUAGGUGUCGGCAUUACAGGCUUAGUAUUGUUCGUACUUUCUACUAUUGUUCAUGGGUAUCAGGUGUGGACCUCUCGUAUGUGGUGGCUCGUUGUGCUGGUUAUUGGUGGCAUAACGGAAAUUAUAGGCUAUGCUGCACGUAUUUAUUCGUGGCAUGACGAUACAAGUCUUGAUGCUUUUCUUGCUCAGACGGUGACGCUUAUUAUUGCUCCAUCGUUCUUCUCGGCCGCACUCUAUGUUGUCUUUGGUCAGAUCAUCAUAAUAGUCGGUCGCCAAUACUCUUGUAUACCACCACUAGUAUAUACCGUGGUCUUUGUUAUUGCUGAUCUUAUCUCACUUAUUAUUCAAGCCAUUGGUGGAGGACAAGCCGCAACUGCAGCUCGAACGAAUAGUGAUACCACUCUUGGCACUCAUAUCAUGAUCGCAGGUAUAUGUUGGCAAAUGCUCAGUAUGUUAGUGUAUGUAGUACUUGUUUUGAUAUACGUCAUUCGAGUAGGCAUGGCAAAAGCAGAGAUACCAAAAAAUAUCAAAAUCUUUAUACUUGGUAUGGGUUUAGUUACUUUGAUGAUAUUUAUUCGUUGUAUUUAUCGAACAGUAGAAUUACAAGCCGGUUGGACUGGUUAUAUUAUUACUCAUGAAGUCUUCUUCGCAUGUCUUGAUGGUCUUCCAAUGAUUAUUGCACUAGUCGCUUUCAAUAUUUUUCAUCCUGGCCGAUAUAUCAAGAAUGAUAAGAACAUUAAUGAAAUGCCUCUCAAUCCUCAAAUGAAAAACAUAUAA